AUGAAGCGCGGGGAGGCGCGGCGGGUGGACGUGGCGUACAACGUGGAGGAGGAGGAGGAGGAGGUGGCGGCGGAGGACGCCAUGCGCGAGCAGGAGGCGUGGGAGCGCUCCUACGCCAACGACCGCUCCUGGGAGGCCGUGCAGGUGAGAGCGCUCCUGGGAGGCCGUGCAGGUGAGAGCGCUCCUGGGAGGCCGUGCAGGCAGGCGGCGAGUGAGGUGGACAUGAAGCCAUCGCGCAUGGCAGCCAUGGCGCGCAGCAGCGAGGCAUUCAUCCUCAACUUCUUCGACAGCAACCCCCUCAGCCACCUCGCCCUGCUGCUGCUGCGCGACGGCGUGGCCUCGCAGCUCUCAGAGCUCACCUCGCCGCCCGACGCGCACAUCAAGGCGCUGCAGUCCAACCUCUCCGCCUCGGGGCCCGCCUCCCUGCAGAACGUGGUGGAGGCGGCGGUGGAGGCGGUGGCGCACGUGCCGGCGUACGGCCACCGCGAGCUGCUGCUGCUCUUCGCGGCGCUCGCCUCCACCGACCCCGGCGACAUCCUGCCCGCCAUCCGCCGCGCGUGCGCCGCCCACCUGCGGUGCUCCAUCAUCGGCGUGGGCGGCGCCGAGGUGCACAUCUGCCGCCAGAUCGCCGAGCAGACGGGCGGGCGCUACAGCGUCGCCAUGGAUGACGUGAGGCCCGCGGGGCUGUGGGGGGCUCAUCUGAGGGAGCUGCUGAUGAGCCACGCGCCGCCACCACCGGUGCAGGCGGGCAGUGCGGGCAGUGCGGCCAGCCUCGUGCGGAUGGGCUUCCCCCAGCGCGCCCCCGAGGGGGCAGCAGCGCUGUGCGCCUGCCACAUGCACCUCCGCCUCGCCGCCACCUAUGUGUGCCCCAGGUGCCGGUGCCGUGCCGGUAUGUGUGCCCCAAGUGCCGUUAUGUUCGCCCCACUUGCAAGUUCAGGUGCUAUGCUCCCAGACGCCACUCACUCCCUCUCUGAAAGCCAUGUUCUUCUUACCACCCAUUCCCAUUGCAUCUCAUCUGCAUCACUUCCUCCACCUGCCAUCACUUCCUCCACCUGCCAUCACUUCCUCCACCUGCCAUCACUUCCUCCACCUGCCAUCACUUCCUCCACCUGCCAUCACUUCCUCCACCUGCCAUCACUUCCUCCACCUGCCAUCUCCAACGUGCUCGCCUUCUUCCCCCUCUCUCUCGCUUCCCCCUCACCCCACCCCACAUUCUCGCGGGUGUGUGCGCUGCCAGCGGAGUGCCCCGUGUGUGCGCUCACGCUCGUGUCCUCGCCGCACCUCGCCCGCUCCUACCACCACCUCUUCCCCGUGCCGCCCUUCUCCGAGGUCCCUCUGCCGCCCGCUCCUAAGCGACCUGCUGGGUCGUCAGCCCCUGCCGCCCCGCACAGCGACCUGCCGCCCGCCUGCUUCAGCUGCACUGCUGCACUGCCUUUCCUCGAGACGGAGGGAGGGGGAGUGCGGGUGGAGUGCCCCUCGUGUGCGCGGCACUUCUGCUUUGACUGCGACGUCUUCAUCCACGAGAGCCUGCACAACUGCCCCGGCUGCGAGGCCACCCGCCUGCCCCAAGUGGCGUAG